GGGGCUGCCCCACAUGCUGCACCCCGAGCUGCCCCUGCACCUGCUGGAGCUUGCCCGGCGCUACGGGCCUGUCUACCGGCUCCGCUUCGGGGCCAAGGACGUGGUGGUGCUGAACAGCGUGGACUCCAUCCGCCAGGCCCUGACCCAGAAAUGGUUCGAUUUCGCCGGGCGCCCCUCCAGCUUCGUUGCGGAUCUCAUCUCCCUGGGGGGCCAUGAUCUGUCCCUGGGUGACUUCACCCCCGGCUGGCGGUUGCAGCGCAAAGUGGCUCACUCCGCCCUGGCCCGCGCCCAGCGCCUCCAGCUGGACCCAGUGCUGGGGGUGCAGGCGGCCGCGCUCUGCCAGGUUUUCCGUAGCUAUGGGGGGGCCGCUGUGGACGUGGCCGAAGAUUUCUCGCUGCAGACCUGUCGCACCAUCUGUGCUAUGGCCUUCGGACCCAUGAUGCCGGACGCCGCCGCCAUCCAGGACAUCCACGACUGUAUCACGGAGCUGGUGGCGCUGUGGGGCCGGGGCGCUGUGCGGGCGCUGGACGCGCUGCCCCUGCUGAGGGUCUUCCCCAGCGGGGCCCUGCGGCGGCUCCUGCUCCAGGUGCGGUUCCGAGACGCCUUCGUCCGGGCCCAGAUCCAGCGGCACCAGGAGUCGCUGCGCCCCGAGUGCGCCCGGGACAUGGUGGAUCACAUGCUGCAGCUGCUGGAAGAGCGACGGGGGGCGGGGGCCGGGGCCGGGGGGGACCCCACGGCCGAGGGGGGCCUCACCCCGGAGCACGUUCACAUGGCGCUCGUCGACCUCUUCAUCGGGGGCACCGAGACCACGGCCGCCCUGCUCACCUGGGCUGUGGCCUUCCUGCUGCACCACCCCCAGCCUCUCGGGCUUCACCAUCCCCAAGGGCACCACCGUGAUCCCCAACCUCUUCGCCGCCCACCACGACGAGGGCACCUGGAGCCACCCCCUGGAGUUCAGGCCAGAGCGGUUUCUGGAGGCGGACGACCCCCGGCUGGCCCAGCGCAACCUGCUGCCCUUCAGCUGUGGGGCUCGGGCCUGCCUGGGGGAGACGCUGGCCCGGGCCGAGAUCUUCGUCUUCCUCGGGCACGUCCUGCGCGAGUUCCGGCUGGAGCCACCUGCUCCCGGCGCCCUCCCGUCCCUGCGGGGCCUGUACGGCACCGUGGUGCGCUGCCCACCCUUCCGCGUCCGUGUCCUGUCCCGGGGGCCCCUCCCCGAGCCCCCCGAACCCCUAGUGACUCCAUAGCCCCCCCUGGAGCCCUUCCGGGUCCGUGUCCUGCCCUGGGGGCCCGUCCCCGAGCCCCUAGUGAACCCAUAGCUCCCAUUGCUGCCCUUAACCCCCCCGCCACCCCUGGGGCCCCUGCUGAGCCUCCUGUGACACCCUGCACCUCAAAGCAGCGCCCUGUGCCCCCGUAUCCAUCAUUCCCCCGGGGCUCUGCUGUCUCACACACAGCCCCCGUGUGACGUGUCGUGUGAAACCCGUGAGGUGCUGAGACCCGCUGGCCUGUUCCAGCGUGGGCCACGUUGGGGUGCAGGGAGUUGUGAGCUGCUGCUGCUGUGGGGGGGUUACUGGGACCGGCGGUGAGCCCCCCCCAGGCGGGCGCUCCUCGACCCUGAGGGCUGCCCGAGCCCCAUGCACCGGGGCUGCUCUGCUCUGCGACCCGGGUGCACAAGGCCAUGCCGGGGGAUCGCCCGGCCCCGGGACUCAGCAAAGCCCAUCUGCACGUCUGGGCAAGUGUCUUCAGCACAGGGGCCGAGGGUAGAAACGCGGGGGGGGGCCUCCUGCGUUGGCCUUUCUCCUCCCCCCCCACACGGCCGCUGGGAAGAUGAAGACACUGACUGAGGAGACUGGCCCCAGGCUGCAGGGAGAGGCCCGGGGGUUACGAAUGUAACAUCCCGUGGGGGGAGGAAACAGCUGAGCCAAACCCGCCCGCGAGGAGGUGUCAGCUUUAGCCGGUGCGCUCACUGGGCAUUCGCUUCGGUAACGAGCUCGGCCCCACGGUGCCUCCCACGCUAAUCACCUCCCGGCUAGCUCUGGAGUUAAUAAACCUGGGUUCUAUUGUCCCUAAAAUGGGGUUUGCGCCGCGCGCUCGGGGGCUCCCCUCCGGUACAAAGGCUGGGGCGGGUCCUCCCCACAGCGAGGUGAGCUGGAGCGUGAAGGGGGCCCAGGGGUGCCACACAGCACCCCAGGGAUCCUGUCACAUCUCCCUGAACCCCCAAGUGACCCCGUAACUCCCAGUAACCUCCCCACAGCCCCAACCACCAUCCCGCCAGUGACACCAGGUCUCCAAGUGACCCUCUUGCCAUCCUGAACCCCCCACUGAUCCACCACUGCAGUGAGCCCCCAACCCCCCUUGUACUCUGUGCCCCAGGGACCCCUCCAAGCCCCUCAUAUCCCCCCCUCCUGCAUCCCUCCAGGUCAUGGGGAGCCUCCACCCCACACCUGUCCCUGGCCCCAACAGUUUCUCAUUCACUGGGGGGUUUUUGUAACAUUUUCAGCUGUUUUUUUUUAAUAUAUAAACUAUAUCACUCAAUAGACUCUGAACAGCCCCCUGCAAACCCCCUUAACUCUGCCCCCCUGGUUUCCCUGCAAACCCCCUUAACU